AUGCUUUCAUCACGCCUUUGGGCAUAUAAACAUGUUAUAAUAAGUGAAGGUAGAAGUAUAGGCGAGGAAGAAAGUGAAUAUGAAUCGCAACACACAACUAAUAUUAUUAUAUUUAAUAUAAAUAAAAAAAGAGUGAUAAAAGAUAGAGGAAAAAGAUUACCUAUUCCAGGAAAAUAUGGAAUUAAAGCUGAUUAUGAGGAUGAGGGUGAGGAUGAAAAAAUGGUUCAAGAUAUUAUUUCAAAAUAG